AUGGUCGCCUGCUACCAUGGCUUCGCAAGUAUUGUGACCCUGCUGAGCCGCUGUCCUUACCUGGACGUGAACCAUCAGGACAAAGAAGGGAACACGGCCCUCAUGCUGGCUGCCCAAGCAGGCCACACCCCUCUGGUGAGUUUCCUGCUCAACUACUAUGCGGGCCUGGACUUGGAGCGCAGGGACCAACGGGGAUUCACCGCCCUGAUGAAGGCAGCAGUGCAGGACCGUCCCGAGUGCGUGGCCACCCUCCUCAUGGCAGGUGCUGACUUGACUUCCGUGGAUCCUGUUCGGGGCAAGACAGCCCUGGAGUGGGCUGUACUGACAGACAGCUUCGACACGGUACGGAGGAUCCGGCAGCUGCUCCGGAGGCCCAGAGCUGAGCAGCUCAGCCAGCACUACCAGCCUGAGUGGCCGCCCUUGGCUGGGCUCGUGGCCCAGGCCCAGGCCCAGGCUCAGGCUGCCCCAUCCCUCCUAGAAAGGCUUCAGGCCUCACUGAACUCCUCUUUUGCCCAGCCUCCUCAGGAGGGGGGUGUUCUAGACCACCUUGUCACCAUCACCACGGGCCUCGCCAGCCCCUUCCUCACCACUGCCUGCCACACACUCUGCCCUGACCAACCACCUGCCCUGGGCACCAGAAGCAAGUCGGUGCCAGAGCUGUUAGGGACUCCAGUGCCCAUCCAUACCCAGGUCUGUGGGCCACCAAAGUCUGGCCCUUCCUCUCUGGCCGUAUCAAGAGCUCAGAAUGGCAAGAAAGAGGCAGGAGGAGGAGGCCAGGUGUACACAGAAUCAAGGGAAGAUGGGCUAGGCCAGGUUAGGAAUUCCAUCUUUGAGGACAUAGGCACAGAGAAGUUAAGAAGUGUGCAGGUCCCACACUAG